AUGUAUACUAUCAACUCUCUGGAAGAGCAUAUAAUCUCUUCCCACGAGUAUCAGGGCACAAAGGAGUAUUACAUCAAAGAGGUAUUCAACUCCCUUUCAGCCGACCAGGUCGCCAUCUUACCCUUCCCACAAUUAGAACUAUUCUUUACAAGUCUCUGCCGCCCAUAUAUUAAGAAACUGGAAGUCAUUGCCGCUAUCGCCGCAGAGAUGCUGGUCGAUGGAAUGGACAUAGAUGAAAUGUGUUGUCGAAGGUGCUUCGAUGAUCCAGAACAAGCUGCUGAGCUCAACUUUGCCUUGAAACUAGCUUGGGGGAAAGUCAUCGCGGAUUUCGCAUUUCACACUGAAUGA